AUGGAUACCUCGCCUAUUCGUAAGAAUAAAAGUGGCUCAAUAAUUCCUGUUGAAGAAAGAAAAGUAAUUUACAAUGUUUUUAAAUACUUUAAACUGAGUGACUUUAAUAUGACUGUGGAGAGUAUAGUGAUAAAAACAGCAAGUGCUUGUGGCGUGUCCGAAAAUACUGUUUAUAAGAUUAUUAAGGAAAAAAAAGUAACUAAGACAUUAAAAUCGCCAGUAAAGAAAAGAGUUCGGCCAUCAACAGUUGAUAAAUUAGAUGAAUUAGACAAAUGUGCAAUUAGGGCAAAAGUCCAUUCACUAUACUUAAAUAAUGACUAUCCGACAUUGGAUAAAAUUAUGACAUUGUGUGAAGCUGACGAAGAUAUUUCAACUUUCAAACGUACCACACUUCAUAAAAUACUACCGGAGAUUGGUUUCGAUUUUAAUAAACGUAAUAAUAGAUCGUUAUUAGUAGAAAGAGAAGACAUUGUUUUAUGGCGAAGAAAAUAUUUAAGACAAAUAACAAAAUAUAGAAAAGAAAAUAAAACCAUAUACUUUCUUGAUGAAACCUGGGUGAACACCGGACAUGUCAAAACCAAAGCAGGGACAGAUUCAAAUACUGACAAUAGCAGACAUACUUCUCAAAAAAGUUUGUCUACCCGCGCUAGAGCUCCUACAGGAAAAGUUUUCACGACGAAUAUAUUAAGAAAUUUAACGAGGAUGGUGCAGAAAGGGCCCCGUCCUUUGGUGUUGUGCGGACCGUCAGGGUCAGGAAAAAGCACCUUGUUGAAGCGUCUUCUAAAAGAAUUCCCGGAUAAGUUCGGAUUCAGUGUGUCGCACACCACUAGAGCACCUCGUCCAGGAGAGAAAGGCGGAGUGCAUUAUCAUUUUAGAAACAUAGAUGAUAUGACCAAAGCUGUUAAAAGAGGAGAAUUCAUAGAAACAGCAACUUUUAGUGGAAAUCUGUAUGGCACUAGUAAACAAGCCGUUGAUGAUGUACGUCGUACAGGCAAAAUCUGUGUGCUGGAUAUUGACAUUGAAGGGGUUAAACAAGUAACAACAACUGAUCUCAACCCACUGUUAGUAUUUGUGAUGCCUCCUUCUAUUGAAGAGUUAGAGAGAAGAUUGCGUGCCCGCAACACUGAACAAGAAGAUGCUGUUCAAAAACGAUUGGACACUGCUAAGAAAGAGAUUACAUUUGGUCAGGAGCCAGGCAACUUCCAUAUUAUCAUUUUAAAUGACAACUUGAACAAGGCAUAUUCAGAACUUCGUGAGUUCAUAUCAAAAAAUGUGGAAGACAAAGAACAAGGUGAUACUUCAGAAGAAAGUAAUAAGGUGGAAAAAUGA